AUAAGGACAGAGAUGCAGUUGGAGGUCCCAUUCUCACGUUUUAUUUCUAGUCGACUUUGGAUUCGCAGCUGACUUGAACAUGUGUUCAUAACCCCUAAAGGAUUGUUUUUUGUGCUUUGGAGGAAACUUUCACGGGAUAUGCGUCCAAGAGGCCAUUUGGCAUGCGCCAGAGAAGACAUGUGUCACCUGCUCAGAUGGACUAUUUUUCUCUGGAUUGUUAGCGCCAUUCCUUUUACAUUUGGAAUGGCGGUCAGCGAGAGAACAGAUGAUUCAUGCCCUAAUUUAAGAAUAGAAGAGAGCCGGUAUGUCCAGGGUCUGCGGCCUUAUGAAAUCACAGGAUUUGAUUUGACUGAGAAGUUCCUGCUCCGAAAAGGGACAGUGACCGAGGACCGGCCGUCCUUCCGUUUGGGCAGCACGCCCCUCAUCAAGCCCACACAGUUCGUCUUUCCCAACGGGCUGCCGGACGAAUACUCGCUGGUCGCCAUAUUCCGCCUGCGAAAGACCACCAAGAAAGAUCGCUGGUACCUCUGGCAGAUUUCUGACCAAUCGGGAGGCUCGCAGGUGUCCGUCGUCGUGGACGGCGGCAAGAAGACGGUGGAGUUCUCGGCCCGGGGGCUGCUGAAGAACAACCUGCACUACACCUUCCGGAGCCGGGACCUGCAGUCGCUGUUCGACCGGCAGUGGCACAAGCUGAGCGUGACGGUGCAGGCCAGCAUCCUGUCCGUCUACAUGGACUGCGCGCUGAUCGAGCGACGCCUGACCGAGGAGAAGGACGCCGCGGGCUCCGCCGGGCGCACGCUCAUCGCCACGCGCGUCGAGGACGGCCGCCCCGUGGACAUUGAACUGCAGCAGAUCCUCAUCUACUGUGAUCCCCGGAUCGCCGAGAAGGAGACCUGCUGCGAGAUGCCCGGCUCAACGUGCGCUCCGAUGGAGUUUAUGGAAGCCACGCCCCCGUCGCCGGUGACCACCCCCCUCCCGAGGAUGCUGUCCCAGCAGGUGGUGCGGCGCGGGGACGCGUGCUACUGUCGGGGAGAGAAGGGAGACCAAGGGUUGCCAGGUUUGGAAGGACUCCCCGGGAUAAAGGGGGAUAAAGGCGACAAGGGGGACAUCGGAGAAGAUGGGGAACCAGGCAGCCCUGGAUUAAAGGGCGACAGAGGGAUCGCCGGGCUUCCCGGUCUGGACGGGAUCGCUGGGCGUAAGGGCGAGGCGGGCGAUCCGGGUGUCCCGGGACUGGACGGCGAGAAGGGUGAGAAGGGAACAGCGGGAGAGCAAGGUCCUGUGGGCUUACCUGGAAAAGAUGGCUUGAAGGGAGAUCCUGGACUUGAUGGCCUGGUCGGCCCCAGAGGUGAUAAAGGAGAUAUGGGCCCUCCUGGACUGCCAGGUCUCUCUAUGGAACGUGAAGGACUAAAAGGAGAGCCCGGCAUGCCAGGUGUUCCCGGAGAACAGGGACCAGCUGGAACCCCAGGAGCUCCGGGUGCAGAGGGCAAGAGGGGUCGCCGAGGGAAAUCGGGCGAGCCCGGCCCCCCUGGACCCCCGGGAGAGAGGACUGGCUCAGAAGGGGCAGGAAUCAAGGGGAGCAAAGGUGAGCCGGGGGCAGGAGGAGAGAAGGGGGAGACGGGAGACCCUGGUCAUACAGGAGGAGCGGGGGAGAGUGGAGCGAAAGGAGAGAAGGGUGAAGUUGGAGCCCGAGGUCCCCCUGGCCCAGUGAUGACCGCUCAUGGACUGAGGCAUCUCACCGGGUCUGGAGAAGCAGGCGAAAAGGGACAGAAGGGAGAGAAAGGCGACCAGGGCGAUAUUGGCAUCCAAGGACCCCCCGGUCUAAAGGGGGCGAUGGGAAGCACUGGACCGCCGGGCCCAGUGGGACCUCCGGGCGUAGAGGGCAAAGAGGGCCCGCCAGGACCCCUGGGACUGCGUGGUCUUCCGGGAGACGUGGGCUCUCCUGGGGACCCCGGACGGCCUGGAGAAGACGGGCUUAAAGGAGAGAAGGGCGACUCGGGGGGGGUGACGGGACCCCCUGGCCCCCCAGGUCCCAAAGGGGAGCCGGGAACCCUAGGACUAGGAUCAUCCAGCAAUCCGGCAGGAGGAGCAUCCGGACCCAGGGGUUCUCGGGGGCCAAAGGGUGAGAGAGGGCUCCCAGGUCUGAUGGGAGAGCCGGGGGAGAAGGGCGAUGCAGGCCUGGGCCUCCCAGGGCCCCCGGGCCCCAGGGGACCAGAGGGGAAGCCUGGAGUUCAGGGUCCUUACGGACCCCCUGGCCCAACAGGACCAGCUGGACCUGUAGGAAAUCAGGGCCCCCCAGGCAGAGAUGGUAGGCCUGGCCCCCCAGGACCCCCCGGUGAACUGACUGCACUGCCCAUUGUUGGGGAGAUGGGCACCCCACUCAAGAACGCCUGCAGCUCGUGCCAGACGCGGGUUUCGGGGCUGCCCGGUCAGAAGGGCGAGAAGGGCGCCCCCGGGAUGCCCGGAGCGGAGGGUCCUGAGGGUGAGAAGGGUGAUCUAGGAGUACGAGGGCCAAUGGGGAACCCAGGGAAGGAGGGGCCCAAGGGCGUGAAAGGAGAGAGAGGUUUUCCUGGUCCUGUCGGAGACAAAGGUGAUGAGGGCCCUCCAGGUGUACCCGGAUUCCCUGGAGCCAUGGGGCGGACAGGAAGUCCAGGAAUGAUGGGAAGACCGGGGCCUAUGGGACAUCCAGGACUUAAAGGUGAACGGGGCAGCGAGGGUCCCGCUGGCAUUCCUGGACCCCCAGGCCCACCGGGCAUCCUCCACCCAGAGGGGAAUGGAAUGAGCAGUCUUUACAAGCUGCAGGGCAGCGGUGCCAUGGGAUAUCCUGGACCCCCGGGCGCUCCGGGUCCCAAAGGAGACGAAGGCCGAGCCGGCGAAGCAGGUGCCAUGGGCCUGCCCGGGCUGGAAGGGCUGCCCGGUGCCAAGGGUGAUCCCGGAAUUCCAGGCGUUCCCGGGAUUCCUGGUCCUCCAGGGAAGAGCGGUGCUGCCGGCCACCCGGGGGUCCCAGGAGAGCCGGGCGAGAGGGGGCCCAUGGGGGAGACGGGAUUUUCGGGGCCCGAGGGACCUCGCGGCGCACCGGGAAGGCCGGGAAAGGACGGUAUCCCAGGUUACGAGGGAGCCACAGGUAGACCCGGAGACAGAGGUCCAAAAGGAGAACGGGGGGAUCCCGGAAUCCCAGGAGAACGAGGAGUGCAGGGGGAGCGGGGCCGACCGGGAGACAAAGGGGCCGCCGGACCCUCGGGACUGAGGGGAGACCCCGGCCCCCCUGGGGCUCUGGGACCCCCCGGGCUGCUGGCCGACGCGGACGCCCUGGAGGAGAUCAAGAGGUUCAUCCGCAGCGAGGUGCUGAGGGUGUUCGAAGAGAAGCUGUCAGGCCAGGGCUUCCUCCAGAAGAAUCCGGCAAACAUCCUGGCCCCUAAUAUUCGCCCGGGCCCCCCCGGGCCCCCAGGUCAAGACGGCUCCCCCGGGCCCCCAGGAGAACCGGGGACACCGGGCCCUCAAGGAGUGCGAUCCGACAUCAGAAAUGGAAGGAUGGGCGGACAGUACCCCUCCCUGGCUGGGGAGGAAAACACGGAAGACAAAUGAAGAACUGGCUCUUGCCCGUGAAUGAGAUGGUGUGAUAAAGCUGUGGACAGACUCGGGGGGGGGGGGGCAGGGGGCAGGUUGUUGAUAACGCCGGUGUUUGAGUUAGGGGCGGGGGGAGAAAUAACAGAGGAACGAUAUCUCAUUCUGCAAGAAUGCACUUCCUGAAAGAAAAAAGGACAACAGGCACGGAGAGAAGGAAGCGUCCGUUUGUCAAGCUUGUUCAGAUAUCCCCUGUUCCGCCCCCCCUCGACCUCCUGUAACCAUCCGCGGCAACAAAUUUGUCGCGUUCCUCCAAAUUGCAGACGGCCGGCCCAGAAUUCCUGAGGAUUCUGACUGCCCUCCUGCUUGUUCCCGAGGUGUGGGUGGGGCUGUGCACACCCCCGGGACUCUGACUCGUUUAGGUGACAGCGUGUUCUGAUCCGUGUGAAAGCGGGAAACAGACAAAGACUCGUGGCCUGUGUGGGAGGGCUCUGGACCUGCAGCAGCUCGCUCAGUUCUGCUGCUCCACUUUCACCGGACUGACACUGGCAGUCAAGGAGAAAAAUAAAUGACGCUCACCAUUUCUGCUAUGUAAUGUGUCACUUUUACAGUAACGGUAUGAGAACUGCAGUAUUUGUCAUGUUACAGUUAUUAUGUGACUGGGAUUAUGUGUGUAUAUUUUUCUCUGUAUAAUUUGAAAUGCUUUAAUAUCCUACAGUAUGGGUGUAUUCUCCACCUAAAAUUACACCUGCACCUUUUUUUUAAAAAGAACUUAUAAAUACUGUGAAGAAAAAAGAAGUGAACUGUUUGCUUUCUGUAUAAUUAAGCUGCUGAGGCAUUAGCAUUCGGAAGAUGCUUCCUGCUUAUGUUUUAUCAUCCUCCAGCAGUGAUGCUCUUCCUCCGGAAUGUUCCGGAAUGCUAAAUUGGGCUAAAAGUCUUAAAGUGAAAAGAUUGUGGAGGAGUAAAUAACUAGUGCCCACUGGGACUGUCCAGCUGGGUGUGUAGAUUAAAUCUGUAGAAGUGAUAUUUCAAAAAAUGUCUCCUUUUUGAAGACAUGAGUAGUUACACCACCACUUGUGGAAUAUAUCAUUUUUAUUUAAAUGUUAUUGUAUGCCCGGUGUUACUUACCUCUGAUUUGGAAUGCCCUGUUGCAGUGGUCCGGCCAUAGUUUGUAUCGCUGCAGCCUCAUUGGCCAGUUAGAGUGGGCGGAGUCCAGAAUGCGCUUCCUGAAAUGCGUGCGGCCAAUUGGUGCUUCUUUCACUGCGUCGGAGGCCUGCACAUCAUGUUAAGCUAGAGCAGGGGGGUGCAGGUGUCAGGGGAUAAGGAUAAGGCAGGAAAUUUGUGCCGACCCCCCCCCCCCCCCCACCUGAACAGAAUUUGUUCUUUGGCUGGAUAUGCAAUCCGAGCAUCCCCCCUUCCAUAUUCAUAUUUUUACUCAAUUGCUAUUUCGCCUGUAAUCUGUCAGAAUUCAGAAUAACCUGUUCCAUUAAAAACAGAUUUGCGAAACAAUAUUAUCUAGACUCUCAGUGAAUCAUAAUUCUUAAUAUUUACUUAGCAGUGCUUUUUUAUUUAUUGGCUUCUUAUAAGCUGAAAUUUCUGAAGAGUGCUUUUUUUAUUUAUAUUUUUUUAUUUGCUCUGUGUUUGUCAACAGUGUAAUAUGUGUUUUUUUCUGUUUCAGAAAACUACCCAUAUGCAUGAACAAAAUAUUAAUGAAACGCUGAUGCGUUAUGAAGAGGAGUAUGUGAAAUCUGUGAAUGUGGAAAUGUUUAUAAAACGGAUGAAUUAUUUAUUCAAACAGUUUUUUUUAUAGACUCAUCACAGUGUGAUUAUCUGAGUACUGUAUUUAGACGUGUAAUGAUAUGGUAAAGAGAGACAUGGUGCUCAGGCUUAAUUGUAUAGUUGGAUGCACUUUCAGAGCUCAUGCCUCUGUUUUAUGGGUAAUUUUAUGGAGCAGCGUAUGCAUGAAUAAACCUGUUUCCCCCACGUGUCUUCGAAGCAAAUUGCCUGUCUACAAAAGGAUGCUUUCGGUGAACGGUGUUAUCUUCGGCCUUAUCACGUUGGAUUCUGGGCUACCACCCCCAGUAAUGUAAUUAUGAGCUCACUGACAGGACAGAUGCAUGCAUUUCUCAAAACUGGUUUUGUUUUGAGUGUUUCUUUCAAAAGGCACACAGCAGAGCAUAACAAAAAUAUAACGAUAAAGUGAUGAUAAAGCGAUUGAUGAUAUUACUGUCAGAUGACUAGUUUCAUUGUCUGAAAUUUGAUGGCUCCUUGUUGUCAGGAAAGGCUCUGUUUCUGUUUCUCACUGUUGCAUUGUGGGUAGCACCAUCCCAUGCCACCUGCUGUGGUGCUACACUCAGAGCAUCGAAGCGGAGAUAAACACAUCAUUCUUUUGCAUUGCACCAAUUGGAAGCUCUUCUGUAGCUCAGACCUCGGGCCCUGUUCACUGUACCGAGGGCUGAUCGUGCAGGUACAGUGUUUUCGUUCUUGGCUCGGAAUGUUGGCUACCAGGAUGGGCCCCUGAGGCACGCCUCCCGUGUCGGAAAAGGAUGCUCCAUGUUGUUGUUUUCUUUUGCACAUUUGUGGAGGAGCACAGCAUUGCGUGGGCAGCACAUUUUGAUGGAACGUUUUUUUUGAACGUUUUUGAGCAUCAGUGAACUUUCUGCACAGAGUCACAUGCCUUGCAGAGUGCCGUGCAUAGACCCUUUCCCCUUUAGGUCAGCAGCUCCUGAAGUUAUUGAACUCCCAAGUCCAAUGCCUUUCUGGAACCUCGCAGUCUAACCGACUUCUGGGACUGACGCUCAUUUACUUUCCAUGCCUUCUGGGGAAAUGGGCUCUUGGAUAUUUUGUCUUUUUAUAGAGGGAUGCAGUGAGAAUGUGAAAUAUAUAUACGAAUCCACCUACGGCACCUCAUUAAACGCACACUGUAUGCUUUCAGCAUGGGGUUUCUGCACUGUGUGUGGGUGGACAUGAUGCUCACGAGUUGCCAGAUGCAUUAAUCUUGCUUGCUUUGCUUUGUUUCUUGUUCUGUGGUUUACCGUCGCGUUUAUUGUUGCUUACAGAUUUACUGUAAGGGUUGUCUCUUUGUGUUUGCAGCCUCGUUAGCCAUAUUGAGAGCUUGAAGUCUCUUUAAAGCCCCCAUAUACCUACCUCUUUAACAACAGAGUGCCUCUUGGUAAUGUUUCUGGAUACGCAUUUGUUUUUCUUCAGUUGAUGCAAGAUAAUGUUUUUCUUUGGUGUUAUUUUUAAAGUUGAUUUCAACAGAGGAUUUGCUAAUUGUCGACAUGUGGGGGACUUUUCUGGUAAUUAUUACUGAUAACAUUUUCAAUUCACAUAUUCCUGAUGAAAUCCAUCCCGCCAUCUUUUACUGUGUGGAGACACACGUUUCUUUUAAAUGAGAAUGUUUUCGAGUCUUCCUUCAGGUCCUAUUUCUAAAAGCAUUUUGUGAUCCCGCCCCCUUAUAUUAUAUUCUUUGCCAUAUAUUUGAUAUCCUUACUGUUCAGACUUUUUCAAGUUUAGCAGUGAGGUCAUGGAGCUCCACUGAGUCACCCGUCACUCGCUAAUGCCUCUGAAUGAUGGUUCUGGAUGAGUUUUCAUAAGAUGACAGGAAGCAUCCGUAGAUUAUCACUGUGGAAUGGCUGAAUAGUGAAGAUUUAUGUGGCGUUCGGGAGACAUUUUACAAAUGAGGGAAAUAUUACUUCGGUAGCGCUGAUGUGUCUAGGCCGACACGAGGCAGAGAAAUGGGAAAAUGGAGAAUGCGGCGUUUCGCCGACUGAAGUCACCCGAAAUAACCCGAUAAAACCUGAGACCUGACCAUGCUUGCACUAACCCUCCUCACGAAAUGUAUUCAGUGGCAUUUACCUGCUCUGGUAGUGACAUUUAGAUGCGGCCGCGUGGAAUAAUGAGAGGUGUCGGACGGGC